AUGAUCGAGCUGGACGUGUUCCGCGCGCGAGACCUGCACAUCCGAGAAAACAUCACCUACCCCCCCGGCGCCAACGCGACCGACACCUUGAUCGCCGGCGUGCAUCUCAACGCCACGGCGCUCAACAUCUCCGAGUACAGGUUCUACCCCGGCAACCGCACGCUGUCCAACGAGUCGGAUUGCUACCUGGCCUUUGAGCCCUACCAGCCCGCGUUCCUGGAAGCCAACGGCACCUUUGUCAACGCCACCAGCUGCUACAGCUCCAUCUACCCCAUCGGCCCGCGCGGCUUCGCCGGCAUAGGCCUCGGCGUCGCGUACGCCCUGGCCAUCGUCCUGACCCUCGUGGUCCUGGGCAAGCACGGCGCGCUGUACCUCCCCGUCACCCGGCGCUUCUACCCCAUCGGCCGGCGGUGGCAGUGGUACUGGGCGUGCUUCGUGUCCGCCUGCGCCCUGGUCAGCCUGCUGACCAAUGUCGACGUCGAGAGGUACUUCCUCCAGGACCUGCCCAUCGUCCUCUGCGUCUUCUUCUGGUUCCUCAUGUGCCAGGGCACGCUGGCCUUGGUGUGGGAGGCCGUGCGCCACUGGGGCAGCUGGCUGGAGAGGCAGUACGUCGACCCCAACCCUUUCGUGUAUCGCGAGGACGACGGGCGGGCCAAGGUCGAGUUUUGGCUUCCCCUGUGGUUUUACUUUUGGGUCUGGAUGAACUUCUUCAUGAUCGUGCCUAGAAGCUGGAACUUUGCGAGAUCCCAGCACUCUCCGGCUCAGACGGCAGAGAUUGCCGUUGCGGCCGCCACGAGCGCUCGGUUCAAGGCCGGCGCGUUCUGCCUCGUCAUCGCCUGGCUCACCAUCCUCUUCUCCCUGAGCCACUCGAUCCGGCACUACAAACCCCGCCACCGCGGCAUCUUCAACCAGGCGUUUGGCUUCGCCCAGGCCGUGCCCCUGCGGUUCGUGCUCCUCGUCGCCCUGGCCGCCGCCCUGAUCGCGUACCAGGCCCUCAUCUCCUUCGCCUGGGACCUGUCGCUCGUCAGGGCCCGCGAUGCCAACGUCGCAGUCAUCAUGGGCUGGGGGUACGGGCCGUCCCUGCUCAUCCUCUACGUCCAGAUCGCGUACGGGUUCCUGGCCCCCAACGAGGACAAGGAGCUCAUCCGGCAGAGGCGGGCGCGGGGCGACGUCAACGACCGGGAGCUGGGCAUCGUGCGCAAGCCAGCCUGGUGGCGGCGCGUGCGCGGCGACCACCUGCGUUCCGUGCGCGACCAGAUCAACCGCAACGUGAACGAGGUGGGCGGCAAGCGCGGGGUCGGCCGCCGCACCGAGGACGACAUGGAGCUGCACGUCAGGCUGGAAGCGGAGCGAUCGGCCGUCGACGACGACGACGGCGUCGAGCUGGGCGGCCUGCCCGACCGCCCGUCCAACCCGCGACGCGAGCGACCCGGCGUUGGAAACUUGGCGGCGACGAGGACGACGACGACAGCUCACCCGCCCGGCGUGCGGUACAUGGGCAGCAACGAGCGUCGACACGCCGAGGCCAUCAUGCAGAACGCUUCCGGCGCCCUGCUCCCCAGCGAGGCGGCGGCAGAGCGAGCCCGAAGAGCGGCCGCCCUCAUGGAAGACGGCCCGCCGCCGCCGCCGUACAGCAGCGACGAGACAAGACACCGACCCGAGUCCCAGGGAUCCGGGUCUGCCCAGCGGUCAAACAGCGCGUCGACGACGCAGAGCAUCAACGCGGAGCCGCAAAAGGUCAGGAGCAUGCUGGACGUAUAA